UCUUGACAUAUGCCUACAUACCUCGCUAUUUGAUUCCUGGUGCACUAUUCCGACCCUUGCAUAAAGCCCUUCUAUUCUCGACAUUGGUUAAAUGUGAUUAUUUAUGAUAGUCAGGAGAGUUGUGAAGCAAGGUGUCCCUAAGGUGCUCUAUACAUGUUAUCUCAAGAAUCGAUACUCUGAUGUCGCCAAAGGACAUACCCAUCAGCGCCUCAUCGGUGGUAUCUGAUAGGCAACCACAGACCUGCAGAUUAACUCCAUUAGAGGAUGCUAUUAAACUUACAGCUUCAGAAAAUGAAGAUAGCUGCUUCCUGGGUUAUCUACCUGAAGAUUGGUGUACCAACGGGGAUCUUGGCCUUCAAGCCUAUGGAGGGUUUUGCACUGCCCUGAUAGUCAGUGGUGGUGGGAAAUACUUUGGCUCAAAACAUCCGCGGUCAAACCAAGCUCACUGCGUCUCUCUCCAUAUUCAGUUCUUAAGGCCUCUCCCCUAUGGACCGUUCAAAAUUAGUUUUGAGGAUAUACGGAAAGGCUCCCGAUUCUCCGUUAUUGAAGCGAAACUAUGUCCAAGGGAUACUGCAGUUUCGAGUCCGUAUAUAUUAUCCAUCAUUACUCUCGGGAAUUUGCAUCGACGAACUGGACCAAGCAUCAGCUUGCAACCAAAGCCGAUACCAAACAGACUAAAGGAUUGUGUUCCAUGGAAGCAUGAUUACUUUGAUCCAAAUUUAAAUCCUCCCGGCGCUCGCUUCAAAUUCCUUGUUCCAAAAGGCGGGCCCACCCCCUUAUGGAGCCCUGCCCGGGGACAGAACGCUCGGGAUCAGUGGGCAAAGGUAGCUGGAGAGAAUGAGACCUUUAACAUGGAGUAUCUGGGAUUGCUCGCCGAUUCGGUUCCUGCCCUUCCUAUGAACUAUGAUCCUCAAGGUCUGAAAGCCACUGAAACGUGGGCCUUUCCUACGGUCAGUCUGUCCUUGGACAUUCGCGAAGACCCAACUGGAAAGGAGUGGGUACUUGUUCGUUCAAGGAUGCGGAGCCUACUUAAUGGCCGCUUUGAUAUGGAGAUGCAAAUGCUAGAUGAGAGCAAUAACCUGUUGGCAACGUGCCGGCAUAGCUGCAUCAUGUUGGCGAGAAGGAGCGGCCUAGAACGUACGGUCACCCCUAAAGCUACUUUAUAAAAACGCCUAUCGCGCGGAUCUACCCCGAACCGUCCUCGACCAUGUGCCCCAAGCUCACCUAAGCUCAACCCAGACCUUUUCACUUGGUGAAAGGAGUC